AGGGGGCGCUGUUUGAAUGCGCUACACGCAGAGAGCAAAACACAACGCCACAGUUAUUGCCAAAGUGAACGGGGUUUGAGAAACGGCCAUGAUUUUGACAUUGACAAUGACAUGUCGACAUGUGAUCAGCCGGCCAGAUAUUUUGCUCGGGCUGGAUCGAUCGGUGACGGUAUAUCUCUGGCUCUAGCUAGCUAGCUAGCUCGCUGACGUUCAUGGACGUUAGGCUGGUCAUCACCUUCACGGACGUUAGGCUGGUCAUCACCUUCACGGACGUUAGGCUGGUCAUCACCUUCACGGCCAAAGAUGGACAUGACGGAGGGGCUAUGUUCAAUGUUGUUUGCCUACAUGUACCGGUACCUCCAUCAUUAGCCCCACUCUCACUCCCGAUCCAUCCGGAGUGAUACUGAUAGUCCGUGCCACACUAGUGAUGCUACUAGUACUACAUCAUAUGGUCAACCAGUUUUUCUGAGACAGGUGUCUGGAAAAGCAUUCCCUUUGGAAAAAUGGACUUAAUACCAGUACCUUGCUGACAAAUACAUGAUCACCUCACUCAUUGUGGAGAGCAGCUUUGUCAACUGACACUCAAUCUUGAAGUUGUUAGAUGACUGAGAUGUAAUAUUUGAGGAUGUGGUGAAGAAGAAAGGACCUUUGUUCGCUACAUUUUCCCAAACUUUUAAUGCUGCAAAUUCCUUUGAAAGGAUUUUUACCUGAGUGGUUUGGCCCGGCAAUAUGGCAAUUGGCCAGGGUAUCUACAAAUAUGUCACCACAGAGCACAUACUGGUUGCGUUUAUGUUAGCCUACGGGCCCAUUAUACCCACCCAAACGCAGUACAUUGAGAAGAGGAUCGCGGAGCAGUUGGGAGUAGUAGAGGUCAGGUUGUCCGAGUGUGUCACAAACACAUCCAGUUCUGGCUAUCAGCUGAGGCAGAAAGUGCAACAAGAGGCCAGCAACUGGUCCCUGUACCUCACGGCCAUCCUGGCCUUCUCUGUGAUAUUUUCGGCAAACAUGUGGGGUGCUCUUAGUGACAAGUACGGCCGCUACGUGGCCUUAAUCAUGCCGUGUGUCGGUCUUGUUUUAAACGGUGUCGUCAAUUUACUGGUGGUUUAUUUCUGCCUUCCCCUGUGGGUCCUGCUCAUUGGGAGCCUGGCGCAAGGAAUCGGGGGUGAUCUGACGACUGUCAUUGUUGGCUGCGCGGGGUACAACUCCGAUGUGACGGUUCCGGAAAGCAGAGAGCGCACAGUCCGAUUCAUCAUGAUCGAUGCUAUUUACUGUUUAGUGGGAAGCAUCUGCCAGUUUGUGCUCGGGUUUGUCAUCAGAACAUUUGGUUUUGAAGCACCUUACCUGUCUGUCAUUGGAUUUAUCGCUAUCACCUCUGCUUUCAUAAUCUGGUUUCUGCCGGACAGGCACAUCACCCAAACCCAUGGUCCUGUCAUUGCCCCCGAGGAAGUCCCCUCGAAUCCACUCAAUGUCUUCAAGAACGUCUUCCACCUGUUUGCCCAGAACAAACGGCGGGGUUGGCUCCUAGCUGGCUUCAACUACAUCAUCUUCUCCAACAUUUUGUUUUCGGUGGCUUUGAUGGCCAUUAGUGUGUUGUACACAACGGGGGAACCGUUCUGCAUGGAUCCCUUGCAUGAAGGAUACUACCAAGGCGCCAUGGCUGGGGUUUUUGGCAUAGGCGUUUUGUUUGGAGGGAUCAUAAUUUGCAAGUAUCUGCCCAAGUUCUGGACGAUGCAUCUUGCUUCUCUCUCCGUCGUCGCUUCUCUGGUGAUCACCGCCCUCGCUAAGAGUUACCUGAUGCUUUACAUUGGUUUAGCGACCGGCUUUUUCAUGUUCAUGACUACUCCACUGUCGAGGAGCAGUAUGGCCAACCUCGUAGGCCCAAAUGAACAGGGUAUUGUCUUUGCCUUCAGUGGAUGCUUGAUGAGCUUGUCUGGAUUCCUAUCUCCAAUUAUCUUCAAUGCCAUCUACAGUAGCACUUUGUACUUCAUGGCUGGAUUCGUCUACCUGACUAUGGCCCUGUUAGUUCUGAUAUCCUGGGGUGUCAUUGUGUUGCUGCAUAUUUUUGAGCCCAGGCAGCGGAAUGGGUACAUUGAAAUCAAUGCUGACGUUGAUACAAGUUGCAUUGACGACAAGUUGGCAUAAGCAGCGAACGCCGGAGGAGGUGUAAACCCACUACAGGUUUCUCCAACAGCAAAAUGGCCAGCUUGUAAAACAACUGCUAAUCCCAUGCUCAGGGGACAGUCUCUGUUGUUGUGAAAGCCGAGGACUGAGUUGUGGGGACAGAGAAUGCGGCCCCACAACGGUCUUGGUCUCAUGACGUCUACAUGUAUUUUUUCAACGUUCAACAUGUGUUGUCCCCAUAAACGGUAGGAAGUGUAUGUGGGUAGGCAUUCACCGCGUUCAGGAGACAAGUUCUUUUGUUAGGGAAAUUUGAACCAA